AUGGACGACGAUUACCUCGCCGCACCCGUUUCUCCGCCAGCAAUAAGAUACUCCGGCUUCCAUGUGCCAUCAUUCUGCUUCCUCGUAUCCAGCGGAAGCCAACAUGUCGUCUUUGACCUCGGUAUCCGCCCCGACUGGCGGAAGUAUGCUCCAAAGGUCGUAUCCAUCAUUGAAGAAACGACCGUGAUCACACCAGGGUCAGACGUAGCUUCGGUGCUCGAAUCCGACGGCAGCGGCCUCAACAUCCGCCGUGAAGAGAUAUCCUUUGACGAUGGCCUGGAGAUUGGCCGGUUCCGAGCCAUGGAUUUCUUUGGAGACGGGUCCUUUUAUCUGCUUGAUGCGCCUGGACUCGCUGAAGGGCAUUUGUGUGCACUUGCGCGUACCACGGCUGAUCCGUACCGCGAUGCGGCCAAGGAGACGGUAGGGAAGAUCCAAGAGUUUGAUGUUUUAGAUAACGUCUUAUAA